AUGUCGAAAUCCAAGGACAGCAGCUCCUCCGGGGGCUUUCACCAGGAGUACAUUGCUUCUCUCCGCUACCGAAAUGACCUGCCGCCUCCGGAUAUGCCCCCGAAGUUCCUCGAUAUCCCACAUGAGGGCUUGGACCGUUUUUUGACCCCGGGAUUUGCCUCCAAUUUGGCUCGUCGCGAGGAACCUAACAUUGAUGUUGACGCGGAAGGUGGUAUGCCAAUCGACUUGGUCGGUAUUCCCGGGCUUCACUUGGGCGAUGAGAGCGCGAUUAUGGCCCCUGAGAACCCGGAACCCAUUGACCAGGCUGAUUUGGCGCUUCUGAUGACGCCGGAGCAGCUGAAGAACCCGGCACCGAAGAAUACCAACGUCAGUUUCCUUCGCCGUACGCAGUAUAUUUCCGCCGGUCUUCGGGCGCCUGAUGGCCCCAAGGUCGCUCCCAUCCGGACGAAGCGCGGGAUGGACAAGACCAAGUCGCAGGAUGACCCGACCUACAUCAAGAAAUACCUCCAGAAAGGUUUCGAUAUUGCGUAUCCUCACAGCAAGCACGUCGGUGAAGAUACAGCUAGCAAGAUUAAAGGCCACACUCCUACGAAGCUUGAACACGAUGCAUGGGCCCACCCAGUGCAUCCUGAUAACCCUAAGCUGAAGCCUGUCGGAUUCUAUCCGCUCCUCCCCGAUCUGGAAGGAUUCCCGGACCCGGGUGGUUUUGUCCAAUUCAAGUUUGACAAGGCGCCUGUUCAGGAUGUUUCAGGCAAGAGAGACAAGCGCAUGGAUGUGGCUAUACUGCUUCCAUCGGCACCAGAGGAACGCGUUUGCCAAGAGCACAACACGAAGGCGGCCUUGUAUAAGACGAACCCCAACCUGUACCCUGACCCAGGUCCUAUCCCAUGGGAUUACGAUCUCUAUCUGCCUGAGAAGAAGGAUGCGGCCAAGAAUGUUUCGGCAAGUCUGCGCAUCACCAACCCGGACCGCGAUAAUGAAGCGCUGUACACUCACGACGGAGCCGACAAUACUAAGUUCCACCGCUUCGACCGUGUCCGCACCUACGCUACGAGCGCUCAGACUUUGGGCAACGACCAGAAGCAGAAGGACAUUGCAUUGACGCUCUUUGACCCGGAGGAAGUGAAGGAUGGAAAGCGCGACGGUCUCGACUCAAGGCAAAGGGCCGCGUACUACUACCCCAUUCUCGGAAAGACCCGUCUCAAGCCUGAGAGAGCCCGCACCAUCGCUCAGGCUGGUCUGGCACCUACCCGUCCGAAGACCAAGGAGGAUCAGGUCGAUCAGAUCCAAGUGGUGGUGCGCGAUCCCGACGAGGCAGAAGUCUACAAGCGCUCUCUGCACAGGGCCGCCAUUGACCCGAAGUUUGCCGAGUCGAUGCCUCCACCCCCCGAGAAUCCGGAGAACGAUGCUGAACCUGCCAAGCAAGAGGAAGACGAGGGUGAGCACGACGCCGACCGUCAGGCCUCGCCUGAAGACGCGCACGACGAUGCUGGCAAUGAUAGCGACGAGUAA